CUGAGGGACGUGCGCGCACGCACUCGCGUCGUGUUGUGGGAAUAUGCUGUGAUUGUGAUCGAGACGGAAAUAUGAGGCUGUCAUUGCACCUUGCGGUGGUGCUGUUCUCGGUGUAUCACACCUGCACCGCACAGCGAGCACCGCGGGCCAUUUCAAGCCCUAGUCAGAAUUAUGCCGUUCUAGGCGAACCGAUCUCCGCAGACUUGGAUGAGGAUGGCUAUUUCUAUCCAAAACCGAAGAUACCUUUUCCACCACCACCACCGCCUUCAAGGCCGCCGCCACCUCCACCACCACCGCCAACGAGACCGCCACCACCACCAACAAGAACACCAGAACCAUCAACAUCGUCCGCCAUAACAGGAUAUACUUACAAUACCCCAAGAAUACCGUUCAUAUUCCCGACGAGAUCACCGCCGCCGCCACCACCUCCUCCUUCAACUUAUUUACCGCCAACAUCAACACCACGACCAAGUCCACCGUCUACUUAUCUACCACCUACUCGACCACCUCCGCCACCAACACCGCCACCUACUAGACCACCUCCGCCACCAACACCGCCACCUACCAGACCACCUCCGCCACCAACACCGCCACGUACCAGAGCACCUCCUCCGCCAACACCGCCACCUACCAGACCACCUCCGCCAACAACACCGCCGCCUACUAGACCUCCUCCACCACCAAUAACUAGACGUCCUCCACCGCCACCCCCACCUACAAGGCCCCCACCGCCACCACCACCAUUUACCAGGCCUCCAAUAACUCCAACUGGUUAUACUUACAAUACACCACGUAUACCAUUCCCACCAUCAACGAGACCGUCAUCACCCCCACCAACUAGGCCUCCGGCACCACUUACAACCAGGCAGCCUCUAGCAACCCCAAAGCCUGUUACUUACCUUCCACCUUCUACAACUCUGCCACCGCGACCACCUACGAGACCUUCAAGUUAUAAACCAUUCGACUACACCAGAACCACUGGGUACAAUUAUCCGAAGCCCACGGUAUCCUUUACAUUGCCAACCAGGCCACCUCCCACGAGGCCUCCACCACCACCAAGUCCACCAUCUACCUAUUUACCCCCAACCACCAGACCACCACCUCCACCCCCAAGCCUUCCUUCCACGUAUUUACCUCCGACUACCAGACCUCCUCCUCCACCUCCAAGUCCACCUUCUACAUAUCUACCACCAACAACAAGGCCACCACCACCCUCUCCAAUCCCCACAUUCCCCCCAACACUAAAAACUCCUCCCCCCCCACCUGUUACUAGACCAAAUCCACCUCCCACUCGUCCACCAACACAAAGGACUACUGGAUAUGACUAUCCAACACCAAAGAUUCCAUUUACCUUCCCUACACAGCCACCUACGUAUUUACCGCCCACAAGACGCCCACCACCACCUACACCACCACCAACAAGGCCUCCACCACCCACAAGACCUCCACCACCACCCACUGCUCCACCUACCUAUUUACCGCCAACGCGUCAACCACCACCAACAAGACCACCACCCCCACCAACACCUCCUCCAACAAGACCACCACCGCCUCCAACACCUCCUCCAACAAGACCUCCUCCACCACCAAUACCUCCACCAACAAGGCCUCCACCACCACCAACACCUCCUCCAACAAGACCUCCACCACCACCGACAAGAAGUCCUCUACCGACUACAGGAUAUUACUACCCAAAACCCUCAAGCCCUUUCCCUUUACCAACUAGACCCCCAUAUAUACCUCCUCAGCCAACGACAAAAGCUCCCUUAUAUAUUCCCCCAGAAACAACUAAAAAGCCAAUAUACAUAACCCAAAGACCUACAUACACCCCAGUGACAUAUACGACGCGACCACCAUUUAUUCCCGAUCAAGGCUAUUUCUACGAUCGACCACGAGUACCGUUUGUGUUUUGAAGUACAACAAUAAGGGCAUCGUCUUGAAGUUAAGUCUCUAAAUAAAGUUGAACAAAUAAAAUAACUUAUAAUAAUUUUUAUUUGAGUUAACUAUUGAAAACCAGGCCUUAGUUUAAGAAUAGCCAUACCUUUUGUGAUAAAAUGUAUAAGAAAUUUAAUUUUGUUGUAUGUAUACUAUUGGUUAUUAGUAAGUUAGUAAAGAGACGUAGGAUUUUGAUCUAAAAUUAGAAUUGAUUGUUACGUAAUUUUAUAUUUGAAAGUCAUGUUAAAGUGAAAAUGCACAAUAGACCACUAUACACAUAUAAAUAAAACCUACCAACAAUUUACUUACCUGAUACACAUCAAUUUACGUUUUGUAUUCUUGACUCUGUAUUCAGUACAAAGACAUUGAAUAUAAAGGUUUUGAACCUUAGGUCUCAAUUCAACCGUAUUAAAAAAAAAGAAGUAACGAACUUGUAGAAGUAAAACUAUUUGUUGAGGAAAUCAUACUCGCGUUAAAAAUAAUAAAAAGUUACGAAAUUCUUAAUUUUAAAUCAUUGUAACAAAAUAAUCUGAACUUGCAAGCUUUUGAAUAAUGGCCGUUACACUGUGUAGAUCUACUUUGCGAACAAUUGAUGUUGUUGAUUGAUGAAAGUUACCAUAAUAUUAUCUAUUUAUACUAAAAUAACUUAAUACUCAGUAGCAAUCAUCACUGCCAAACUAAUAAUAUGUUAAGAUUGUAAAAAUAUUUUUGUAUUAAACAAAAUAGUAAAAACA